AUGAGGCACUCUCUGGCUUUGAUUUUGGUUGGAUGGUCAGCUCUGGUCCAGGUGUCCAUCCAGGGCCCAAACCAGAGAACACUGCUGAAGAACCUGCUGAAGGACUAUAACCGUAUGGAACGCCCUGUGGCUAAUGACUCCCAGCCCCUGACAGUCGUACUCUCCAUGAGUCUCAUCCAGAUCAUGGAUGUGGAUGAGAAAAACCAAGUGCUCACAACCAACAUCUGGCUCAAUAUGCACUGGUACGAUCACUAUCUGCAGUGGAACCAGUCUGAAUAUCCAGGGGUGAAGAACCUCCGCUUCACAACAGAUCAGGUGUGGACACCGGACAUCCUUCUCUAUAACAGUGCAGAUGACAAGUUUGACUCGACCUUUAAGACCAAUGUGCUGGUGAACUCCAGCGGUUACUGUACAUACCUGCCCCCAGGUAUUUUCAUGAGCACGUGUAACGUGGACGUGCGUUGGUUCCCGUUUGACAUUCAGAAAUGCGAAUUGAAGUUUGGGUCGUGGACCUUUGACGGUUGGCUGCUGGACCUUCAGAUGAGUGACGCGGACAUCUCCGGAUACAUGCCCAACGGAGAGUGGGAUCUUGUGGGCGUCCCUGGGACGAGGAACGAGGUGUUUUAUGACUGCUGUAAGGAGCCGUAUCCAGACGUGACGUUCGUGGUGACCAUCCGCAGGAGAACACUGUACUACGCUCUGAAUCUGCUCAUCCCCUGUGUUCUCCUCUCCUCCAUGACCCUGCUCAUCUUCCUGCUACCUGCCGACUCUGGAGAGAAGAUUUCACUGGGCAUCACCGUUCUCCUGUCACUGACCGUCUUCAUGUUACUGGUGGCAGAGAUCAUGCCUGCCACCUCAGACUCCAUCCCUCUCAUAGGGCAGUACUUUGCCAGUAUAAUGAUAAUUGUAGGGAUGUCUGUUAUUGCCACAGUAGUUGUGCUGCAGUACCACCAUCAUGACCCUAACGGAGGAAACAUGCCCAAGUGGGUCCAGUUGAUCUUGCUCCAGUGGGUGGCGUGGUUCCUCCGUAUGAAACGACCCGGUGAGGGCGAGGACCCUGAACGCCCGCCCUGCGCUCCUCACCUACGCCGCUGCUCCUCAGGCUCUCACAGCGGGAGCCUGCCCAACCAGGCCGGGUCGGCCUCCGCCUCCGCGGACCUGCACCAUCACCACGUCACCACCCUCCACCCGCUCCACCCGCAGAGCCUGCUACACGCCGCACACCCACACCUCCACGCGCAGACCAGCGCCAACAACAACGGCAACCUGCUCUACAUCGGCUUCCCCAGCCUGGAUGACGCCUCCCCCCCGCCGCUCAUCGGAGAGCCCGUGCAAAGGAACAGCAUCUCGGGCGGUCCUCCGGCUCCGACCCGGACCGCCAGCACCAACGUCGCCUGUAGCCCCCCUCCGCACCUGCCCGCCCAGUUCUGCAGCCCGCCUCCGCCCCCGACGCCCAAUCUGGAGGCCACGGGAUGCCCCAGCACCGUGUCGAGUAGCGUGGGAGGGGGAGGGGGCGGGUUUGGGCCGGGCGGGGGCGGGUGCGCGUGCUCGUGCUCGGGGGCCAGCGGGGGCGACCCGCUGCUCCAGGCCAUUCUGGACGAGGUGCGUUACGUGGCGGAGCGUUUCCGGGGGCAGGACGAAAACGAGAGCGUGAUCGAGCAGUGGAAGUUUGCGGCGGCGGUCAUCGACCGCCUCUGUUUAGUGGCCUUCAGCGUCUUCAACAUCAUCUGCACCAUCUCCAUCCUCAUGUCAGCACCCAACUUUGUAGAAGCCGUCUCCAAGGACUUCAUCUGA